ACAAGACAAAGACAAGAUUUCAUUUACUUGAGUUUUCCUAUCUUAUCAUUUUUCCUUGGUGGAUUAACAACAACAUGGGGUUUUGGAAUGUUUCUUGUUUGCCUCCACGCUAUCAAUUUUUUUUCCUUCGGUUGCUUUGUUUCCUGCGAUUGAUUGAGUCUAUUCUGUGUUGAAUCAUCAUUUAGUUCAAUUAUCUUACGAUCUGGUGUCAAUUCAAACAUAGUUCAGUAGUUAGUUCCAAUUACUAUCUCAAGCAUCGAUAGGUUGAUGAUUCAAACCCUACCAUUGUUGAACUUGAAAAGAAAAAGAAAAACCAUUUGAUGGUGUUUACCUUUUAUUGACUAGUCUUUCCUCUUUGAUUUUCAAUUGGAGUGCAUAUUAUAAUAUAGAUUUAGCUCCCUUUUGUUUCAUUCAUCAUCGAGAUUUUUCUCUAGAAGAGGCUUAUAAUAUGAUGGUGUCACUCUUUCAUUCUUUUUCAAAGAAAGUUGCCUGUUUCUAAAAAAAAAGAGAAAAAUGAUGGUGUGUACUAGCUAGAUGUGUUGGAAUUAAAAUUAGAGGUUUACAGAUGAAAUUUAAACUUUUCAAAGUUUAGGGACUAGCAUACAUCCAUAUUAACAAUAUUUGAUAUAAAUAUACUAAAGGAACCUAUUAACUUUAGAUCUUGGAUUGGUUUUACGAUUUUACGUGAUAUUAAAGUAGGAGGGUGUGUGUCUGAAACUUUUGUAUUGUCAUUUCUCUGCCAAUUAAUAUUUGAACUUGUAGAAUCUUUUGCAAAUUAUCAAACCUACAAGUGAAGGGAAGAUUUAAGCUUCAGUUCUUCAAUCCUUGAAAGACGGAUGGCAAAAUACACCACCAAGCUGGGGAACAUCAAAUGAUCCAUGUGGAACUCCCUGGGAUGGAGUAAUUUGCAAAAACUCUAGAGUAGUUGCAUUGAAAUUAUCAAGUAUGGGCCUAAAAGGUAAACUUGGUGGAGACAUUGGAGGCCUUACUGAACUGAGAUCACUGGACCUUGCAGCCAACCGAGACCUUGUUGGUUCGAUCUCUCCGGCUCUAGGGAACUUGUUGAAAUUAGAGACCUUGAUCCUUUCUACGUGCGGAUUUAGUGGCAAUAUUCCAGAGGAAUUGGGGAAUCUUUCUGAGCUAACCUUCUUGUCUUUGUAUUCUAACAAUUUCACCGGUACCAUACCGGCAACUCUGGGAAAACUCUCCAAACUAUAUUGGCUAGACCUGGCAGAUAAUCAGUUGACUGGUGCUCUCCCAGUUUCCACUUCCGGAUCCUGGGGUUUAGAUAAACUUCAUAUGGCUAAACAUUUUCAUUUCAGCAAUAACCACUUAUCAGGUACCAUUCCACCUGAACUUUUUAGCUCUGAGAUGGUAUUAAUACACAUAUUAUUUGAUGGAAACAAUUUUUCUGGGAGUAUCCCACCAACAUUGGGACUUGUUCAGACCCUUGAGGUUCUUCGAGUUGAUCGAAAUUCUUUAACGGGAAAUGUUCCAUCAACUCUAAACAACCUAAUAAAUGUGAAUGAAUUGCAUUUAGCCAACAAUAUGCUCACAGGUCCACUACCAAACUUAACUCAAAUGAGUUCACUAAAUUACGUGGAUCUUAGUAACAACUCAUUUAGCUCAUCAGUUGCUCCAGAAUGGUUCUCAACUCUACAAUCUCUCACCACUCUUAUUGUUGAAUAUGGAUUAAUACGGGGAAAUCUGCCAGAAGGAAUCUUUAGCUUACCACAUAUACAACAAGUGAAACUGAAGAAUAAUGCAUUUAGUGGGACACUAAAUAUGGGCGACAGCAUCAGCCAACGGUUGCAGCUAGUCGAUUUGCAAAAUAACAACAUUUCCUCAGUUACCUCUUAUUCGGGUUAUACUAAUGCUUUGAUGCUGACAGGAAAUCCUGUGUGUGAUGCUGAUAUCCUCUCAAAUACAAACUAUUGCCAGCUUCAACAGCAACAAGCAAAGCCCUAUAUUACCAGCCUUGUCUACUGUGGACGUAAUUCAUGUCCUCCUGAUGAGAAGCUGAACCCACGAAGUUGUGAAUGUGCCUAUCCAUAUGAAGGGACUUUAUACUUUAGAGGACCCUCUUUCCGGGAAUUGUCCAAUAUAACUCUGUUUCAUUUAUUGGAAAUGAGCCUUUUGGAAAAAUUCAAUCGAACGCCUUUUAUUCGAAACCCUUUCUUUAAUGCUGAUGAUUAUCUUCAGAUGCAGCUUGCACUUUUUCCAGCCAAUGGUAAAUAUUUCAACAGGGAAGACAUUCAGAGGAUUGGUUUUGAUUUGCACAGUCAAAAUUACAAACCCCCCGACAAAUUUGGGCCAUAUUACUUCUUUGCGUCUCCUUAUCCUUUUUCAGACAUUGAUAAUGGAUCAACUUCAACCAACACUGGAUUGGUAAUUGGAAUAGCUGUUGGCUGCGCCUUUCUUGUUGUAUGUCUCAUUGGAAUGGGAACAUAUGCAAUUCAACAAAAGAGACGUGCAGAAAAGGCCAAUCCAAAUGCUUUCUGGUUGCCAAGUGGAAACGAUAGUGGAAGCGCGCCGCAAUUAAAGGGUGCCAGAUGGUUUUCUUAUGAUGAACUUAAAAAAUGCACAGAUAAUUUCUCCACCACUAAUGCGGUAGGAUCAGGAGGAUUUGGCAUGGUAUACAGAGGAACACUGGUGGAUGGAAAAGUAGUUGCAAUCAAAAGAGCCCAACAAGGUUCAAUGCAGGGUGGCCUUGAGUUCAAGACGGAAAUUGAGCUGCUUUCACGAGUUCAUCACAAGAAUCUCGUAGGCCUAGUGGGAUUUUGUGCCGAACAAGGAGAACAAAUUCUUGUUUAUGAAUUCAUGCCUAAUGGGACACUUAGACAAAGCUUAGCUGGAAAAUCUGGUAUUUAUCUUGACUGGAAGAGAAGGCUUCGUAUCACACUGGGGUCAGCCAGAGGACUGACUUACUUACACGAGCUUGCUAAUCCUCCCAUAAUUCAUAGAGAUGUUAAGUCCACCAACAUUUUACUUGAUGAAUGUUUAAAUGCAAAGGUUGCUGAUUUUGGCUUGUCCAAGCUUGUCUCAGACAGUGUAAAGGGACAUGUUUCUACUCAGGUCAAGGGCACAAUGGGUUAUUUGGAUCCUGAAUAUUACAUGAGUCAACAGUUGACGGAGAAAAGUGACGUGUACAGCUUCGGAGUAGUUAUGUUGGAAUUGCUAACUGCUAAGCUGCCAAUUGAAAAAGGAAAGUACAUAGUUCGUGAGGUGCGUAUGUCGAUGAACAAGAAUGAUGAAGAAUAUUAUGGUUUGAAGCAUAUACUGGAUCCAACCAUAUUUGAUAAUACGGCAAAUCUUAUUGGGUUCGGAAAGUUCUUAGAGUUGGCCAUGCAAUGUGUUGAAGAAGUAGCUGCAAAUCGUCCCACAAUGAGUGAAGUGGUUAAGGCAAUUGAGAAGAUUUUGCAGAAUGAUGGAAUAAAUACAAGUUCAACAUCAGCAUCCUCAUCUGCCACAGACUUUGUGACUUCCAAAACUUCUUCUAGACAUCCUUAUAACGAUGCUUCUCAGAAAGAGAGCGUCAACAAGAAUAGCCAAUGAAUGGAUGAUGAACCAAUGUAGAAACUGUCACUGUUUUGUUUCACGGAGUUGUAAACUUGGGAGAAGUUAUCACUAUUUUGUGCAGUUCAAGAUUUUUGUUGACAUUAAUGUAUAUAUGUAUUUCGUUA